CUGGCUAACCUCCCACAGCGGUGUUUGGGGGCGUUAUGGAACUGAGUUGGCAGGGGAGGGGGAUCAAAAACCCGCAGGUCCUUCAACAUUUGCGAUUGCCAAAUUCAUAUGUUCUCCUUUUCUUUCAUCCUUCUCAAAAUGACAAACCCUAACACUCUGACUGACUAUGCUUCUCUUCAUCUUCUUGACCUGAAGAAGAGUUCUAGGGCUAAGCAUAGGAGAAAGAGAUCUGUGUCUGUGAGUGAGUCGGAUGAUUCUGUUGAAGAAGAAGAAGUCAAUUCAGAAUUCGAGGUCCAGGCCAGGGCUUCAAGAAAGAAAUCUCUAUCUGUCGGUGAGAGUAUCGGAAGAAGAAACAGUAAGAGAAACAGAAGAAGUAGCUUCAGAUAGGUAUGUUUUAGUUGAAGACUCUGUGAAUUUGAUUAAAAAUUUGGACACUGUUAGUCUAGGAGUGAGCAAAUAACAGACUUAAGUGAAUUGAACAGUUAACCGAUGGUUGCUUAAGCCUAAACUGGUUAAGAGGGUUCGGUUUCGGUCCAACCGAUCUCAUCUCAUCUGGUCCGGUCCAAUCAUAUACAUUGAAACAUAGUUUCUGAAAAGAUAAUUAUCUGUGAUGAGGAGGUGUAGCAUGUUAUAGAUUAAAAAUGUUGUUUUUUCGAUUUAUAAAAAGUUUAGUCAAUGUGUGUUUUUGGUCGAAAUCGAUAAAAAUGUUGGUUUCAUUUUAACAAUGGGCAUCCUAUCGAUGUGGAAUUCUUGAUAUGGAACUUGACGACGACACAAUCAAAGAGUUAAAGCCAACAGCAAGAAGACCGUGUUAAUGAUAAAGAUGUGUAUUAGCAAGGGGCUACACCACCACCAAAACAUACAAUUAUAGCUUACUGAUUACAUCAAAUUUACGCCACAACACGACUCAGUGAUACUGAAUAAGUGGUGAAUGAAGGCAAGAAAACUGUGGUUUCUAACACGCCCUUGGCCGAAGAAGAGUCAAAACGAUGAGAAAAAAGAGAAUUUUGCAAAUGAAUCUGUGGAGAAGGAGCCUGAGGAUAAGGUAUCUGUUGUGAUUACAAACAAUCUACUACUAACAUUGAUGAUCUAAUUCUUUUGGCUAACAAGAUGUAGUAAAUGAAAAAUAUAUAUAUAUUUAUUUAUUGUUUUUGACCGUUCAAUGGUCCAUUCGACCUCCUACUUUCAUAUUUGUAUUUUUUAAACAUGCCAACAACAACCUGUGGAGGGGCCACGCCACGUCGCCACCCCAUUCACGCCGUAGCCAACCCAACCAGAAGGUAGUGUUUAACACCGUGAUUCCCAAUCCACUUCGAGCCACGCCAUGAAUUUGACACCCACAACUUUGAAGGCUAUGUGUAUAUAUAGUGAAAGUGUAAAAUACAAUGUUCCUUAGCGUGUGAUGGUACGAUAUGAAAUUACGCACGUUAUAAAACUCAAAACCCUAAUCACGCAUGUUGAAAAAUCAUAACCAUGCGUGAUUUAUGGUUUUUGUUCAUGCGGGAAUAGGGUUUUCAGUUUUAUAAUAUGCGUAAUUUCAUAUCGUACCAUCGUACGUUAAAGAAUAUUGUACGUUAACCUUCCCCUAUGUAUAUAUAUAUUCAAUUUGGACAACCACUCCCUAGACUAUUCCUACAAAUGCUGUGAAUUCGAAGCUCCAAUACGCGUUUGUUGAAGUGCCAACCAUUUCACCUGAUGUUGCUACAGCUUCUGAAGACAAAACUAGGAGAUUUGGUAAUGUUUUAAAAGAACAAGAUACACAAUUCUUCAUUGUUGCAGUGGAUCUUGUGUCAACACCUGAAGUAAAAUGGAAUGUGAAGCUAAUUGUUGUUAGAAAAAUAGUUUGGGGUUCAGAUCUUGAAAAUUGCAGCUAUCGGUGCACCGGUCCUUCAAGUAAUUACUAUUUAUUUCAUGACUACGGAAGCGGAGUCAUAUAUUUUCUUAUUUAAGCAUAUGAUAAUAUUUGGGAAGAUUUUCAAAGAAAAUUGUUCCCAAUUCUCACUUGUAACCUAGAAAUUGCAGAACCGAUUCUGCUCUCAAUUGAAAUGUGAGCUUCAAAUCAAGCAGAAACAUUAUACAUCCAGUUGGUGAUUCGUAGUCUCUAGUCUACUACUAAUCAAAUUUCGACAAUUAUGUCUCCAUGGUGGAGUAAAUCUUCAUCAAAAGAAGCAAAAAAGAAAUCGAAGGGGGGCGGCAUUAUUGGUUUUAUUCGAAGAAAGCUAAAAAGUCCGUCUGAAUCUAAACAAACCUCGUUACACCUUCGAGACGAGGUUCGGGCUUCUACUCCGUCAAAUCCAGUGGCACAAUCUCAAAAUUUUGCUGAAAGAUGGCCUGACGCCCACCCACUACCUCUUCCUGAAAACUCGCCUGAUAUGGGCCGGGUUGAGGAGGGAAAUCGGGAAUCAAGAAACCGAAGAAGUAGCGAAGGCUUGUCACCAUUGUUUCAUUUCCCGCUUCCUAGAUAUAAUCAGGCCCAAAAUGGACAUGAUCAAACAGACGUUGAAGGCUAUUUAGCAACAGAUUCAGUUUUUACUGAUAGUGAUAGUGACAGCGAUAGUUUUGAUCCCGCUAAUUUCCGGUUUUUAAGCCCUCAAGCAUCCAAUUAUGAAACUGGGGAUAAAACUUCUACAAAUGGUCCUUCAAGGCAUCUUACUUAUGCAACUCAAAAGAAAAGGGAGAAACUGAAGGCGGUUAAAGCGUGUGUGAGCAGCCAAACGGUGCAAAAAUCACCAAAGUGGCAUCCUUUAAGUCCCCACAUGGCAAAUCUACAGGUACCUCAACAUGAUAGUUCCAUGUCCAGUCCUUCUAAAAGUCCAAUGAGGGUAUUUGAGCCUGAACCGGCCCUGACUGGUUUCUGGGCCAGGAGGCCUUAUGCUGACACUGGUUUUCCUGGGCCGGGCCCAUGUUCUAGUCCAGAGUCAGGUCCGAGCUCAAGUUAUAAUUUGGUUGGUGGAGAAAUGGCGGCUCAACUGUUUUGGCAGCGCAAUAGAUAUACCCCUGAACACACACCCAUACCUAGUCCUAGAAUGACAAGCCCUGGUCCUAGCUCAAGAAUACAAAGUGGGCCUGUCAGCCCGUUGCAUCCAUGGGCUGGUGGGUCAAACAUGGAUUCAUCUGCAAACUGGCCCGGUGAUGCAGUCAAUGCAAAACAACAAACCCACCGACUACCCCUUCCUCCACUAGCCAUGUCCAACACUGGUCCUUCUACGCCCUGGUAUACAAUCAGAACCACACCAGUGAUUUCAAAAAGUCCGGGUCGAGCUGAUAUUUUGGCUAGCCAUGGUUCAGGCUGGAAAAAGGGUCGGUUGCUUGGUAGAGGCACAUUUGGUCAUGUUUAUCUUGGUUUCAACAGUGAAAGGGGGGAAAUGUGUGCAAUGAAGGAGGUGACUUUAUUUUCGGAUGAUUCAAGGUCGAAAGAAAGUGCCCAACAGUUGCGGCAAGAAAUUGCACUUUUAAGCCGUUUGCGACAUCCAAACAUUGUUCAAUACUAUGGAUCUGAGACUAUGGAUGACAAAAUUUGUGUAUACUUGGAAUAUGUUGCUGGUGGUUCGAUUUUUAAACUUCUUCAGGAAUAUGGCAAGUUUGGAGAAGUGGCAAUCAAAAGUUUUACUCGUCAGAUCUUGUCCGGACUGGUGUAUUUGCAUUCAACAAAUACGGUCCACAGGGACAUAAAGGGAGCAAAUAUACUCGUUGAUCCUAAGGGACGUGUAAAAUUAGCCGAUUUUGGGGUGGCAAAACACAUUUCAGGACCGUCAUGCUCAUUAUCGUUCAAAGGAAGUGCGCACUGGAUGGCACCCGAGAUUAUUAACAAUGAUUCAAGCGGUUGCAAUCUUGUGGGGGAUAUAUGGAGCCUUGGGUGUACAAUAGUAGAAAUGGCUACAACUAAACCUCCUUGGAGUGAGUACGAAGGGGUUGCUGCUUUAUUUAAGGUUGGAAACACAGAAGUAACUCCGGAAAUCCCCGAUCAUCUUUCCGGUGAUGCUAAAGAUUUUAUCUUUCAAUGCUUCCAGUGGGCCCCGGCACGCCGGCCUAGCGCUGCCCAGCUUCUUGACCACCCCUUUGUAAAAGAUAUUGCUUCAUCUGAAACAUUGAUGCCUGACCCUGGCCCAAAUACAAAUGCAAUGAGAUCUCUUGGCAUUGGACAUGCUUCUGAAGGCGUUCCGGUUCCUCAUUCUAGAAGUCAAAAUAUGAACAGAAGGCUAACCACAUCUCCAACAUCGAGCCCGAGAGUCAUCUUACCAACACCUCUCACCGGAGCUGCUGCUGGUGGGGCCGUUCCGUUUUAUCAUCAGGCGGAGAAGCCAUACAGUCCUGAUUUUAUGGGUUUGACUUCGACUUCUAGGUCUCCGACCAGAUCCUUCGCCCCUGCUAGUAAUGCACUCCAUGUUCUAAAUCCCGAACGUGAUAUGUUUCGAGCAAUGCCUCAAGGGUCUCCCUUUCAAGAGAUAAUUCCCCCAGACAAUGAUUUUGUAGGGAACCAAAAGAAGCGUAGGGCAGGGAAGUCGGUGUUGACUUGAGUCGCUCACCGUUUCAGCUGACUAAAAGAAGAUUUUAUAUGAAUAGCAUCUAUAUAUAUGUAGUUUUGUUUUUAUGUUCACAAGUGUUUUCUGAAGAUAAUAUAUGGUAGGAGGGACAGGUGCGGCUCGGUUAUGCGGAUGGAUAUAGCUUAUCAAUAGUGGUUGAUGUUGCACCUCCUACUUAUUAUGCAGCAGCAGGGAGUUAGUAUGUUUGUUUUUGUUUAUGGUUAGACCGCAGAACAGGAAGAUGGUUAGAAUCUAGAUUGUGUUGAAAAAAGUUGGUUUGAUAGUUGUUCAAAGAUGUAGCGCAUGGUUUCGCAUAAAAGUGUUCAUUCCUGGUUUAUACUAAAAUAGGGAAUGAAAACAGUUAUGUAACCAUGCUUUGUGCACUACAAAAGCAUUAUCAGUGAUGAUAAUAACUUAAAUAAGUGUUCAAGUCUUAUUUACAA